AUGCGGAUAAGAUUCAACAGGAAAGCUUUGCGACGAAGUCUAGGACCCUUCGAGCGCCGGAGGAUCUCAAUACUAUGCUCGUUCGGAUUUGCAGUGUGCUUCACUGUGGUCUGUAUGGUUCAGGAUUUUUCAGCAAACUCCACGAGUACAAGACGAUUGUACGAGGAUGAGCUGACCACUAGCACGACCGUUGCCCCGAACUUGUAUCCACCAGACCUGUUGCUGAAUGAGCCUUACGAAGACGAGCCUACAGGCAAAAAGUUUUUGGCCCUGCUCCACUGCAUCGGCAUCGCCUACAUGGUGUUGGGUCUGAACACGGUUUGUGACGUGUACUUCGCGGGGGCUAUUGACCUGCUGUGCGAUGCCUGGAGUUUAACACCCGAUGUCGCCGGCGCAACCUGGAUGGCUGCUGGUGGAUCAGCUCCAGAAUUCUUCACAUCCAUGGUGGGAGCGACGAUUGCCCAAAAUGACGUGGGCUUCGGCACCAUCGUAGGAUCGGCCGUUUUCAACGUACUCUUCGUGAUCGGACUGUGUGGUUACGUGGCCAAGGGCAAUAUCGAGCUAACUUGGUGGCCACUCUUUCGGGACUGCACCUAUUAUAUUUGCUCGCUGGCCGUGCUGGCAUCCUUCACCUACAACCAGACAAUAACUGCUGGGGAGGCCAUCAUUCUUUUCUGUUUGUAUCUAGGCUAUGUGUCCUUCAUGUUCAUCAACAGGCCUUUAAAUAUUUGGGCGUAUGAGAAGACAGGCACUCCUUUGAACAAGGAGCUUCGAGAAUAUGUCGAGGAGCUCAGCAAGACGAAGGCCGCUAAGGUGGAGCCUGAACAAAUCGGCGGACCGGAGCAGGAAUUAUCCGAAACAGUCGCUCCCGAGCCAGCAGAGCCCGGUGAGCCCGGCGAGCCGGCCGAGCCUGUUCAGCCUGGCCAGCCUGGCCAGCCCGAGUCCGAGGAGCGACCAGAGACCUCCAAGGACGACGGCAUCAAGGAAGACAGAGUAGUGAGCCAGGAAGUUGGAGAAGCGGAGCCGGCGGGUGACAAGGAGGCGCAGGACAUAGAGAAGGCAGAUCCUUCCCCUGCGGCUCCAGAAGAAGAGCGGGACGAUGACGAUGACGACGACGACGACGAGCCUGAAGACUUCUUUGUCAUGCCAGAAGGCACGCUGAACCGGAUACUCUGGGGCCUGAGUGUGCCCCUGUAUGCACUUUUAUACUUCUCAAUGCCCUGGCCUUCCAAAGGCUCCAGAAGUUUCCUGCGCAUCUUUGGAAUGUCAUUGCUGUGGAUUGGUGGGUUCGCGUUUCUGCUCGUUUGGUGGACCGAUAUCGUAACGACGGUGGUGGGGAUACCCACCAUCGUCUCCAGCGUCACCUUCCUGGCGGCCGCAACAUCCAUCCCGGAUGCAGUCAGCUCCAUGGCUGUUGCCCGAAAAGGACAAGCCGACAUGGCGGUGAGCUCCUCGAUCGGCUCCAACAUUUUCGACAUCCUAGUCGGACUGCCAAUUCCUUGGCUCCUCAAAUGCACGCUCGAAGCAAACAACCCUGAAUUCAACGGUGUGUCAAUUCAGUCUCCUUACUUGAUGUUUUAUACCUGCUUGCUGCUUGGGAUGGUUUUUGGAACCGUCAUUAGUAUCAAGCUCUGCGGCUGGAAGCUGCAGAAAGCACUGGGUGGCUGCAUGGCGGCCCUUUAUUUUGUGUUCAUUAUCACCACUGUGGUGGUGGAGCUUUCUAGACCGACGUGGUUAAUGACGAACCCACCACUGAGCUGA